UGUUUGUUUACUUUUAUAGAAUCAAAUUUCGCCUACCAAGACGAUUGCAGUGUCGCAGUCGUUUUGUGUUUAGCUGUUAUUAUGACUAAACAAAAUCAAAGGUCUGACUUUAAAUGGUUGAACAAGUUAGCGCCGUGUUUCGCAGUAAAUGGAAAUAACGUUAAAGUGAUUGAAACGCCUAAAGAAUUCUAUUCAACGCUGCUAAACUGCAUACAGAAUGCGAAUAAACGGAUCGUUUUGUCUGCCUUGUAUUUAGGCACGGAUGAACUGGACAGGCAGUUGGUCAACUGCUUGAAUGAAAAGAUCAAAGAAAAAGGGACAGAUCUUGAUGUGGAUAUAUUACUUGAUUAUACAAGAGGCACCAGGGGUGAAACUAACUCCAAAACUUUGCUGGCCCCAAUUUUAAAAGAAAAUCCAAAUAACUCAGUUAAAAUUUCAUUUUUUCACACCCCGAAUUUGCGAGGAGUUGUAAAAACUUGUUUGCCUGCAAGAUGGAAUGAAAUAGUUGGCGUCAAUCAUAUAAAGUUGUUUAUAUUUGACGAUACCCUUGUGAUAAGUGGAGCAAAUUUAAGCACAAACUAUUUUGAGCAGCGCCAAGAUAGAUAUAUGUCAUUCACUAAAGUUAAAAAGCUUGCAGACUACUUUCAAGCGCUUACAAAAACAGUGAGCUCUUUUUCGUUCCAACUACAACCUAACGGUGAACUGAAACUAUCAGAGGGAUGUCCGCAUCACCCAGUUACCGGGAACUUUCAAGAAUACGCAGUAUUUGUGCGAACAUCUAUGCAACCUUAUAGUUUACCAUAUAGAUAUGAAGACAAUAAGAACCAAAGCGUUUUGCAAGAUUGGAACCCUUUUCGUAUUCUGUUCAACAAGUUCUUUCCAACCAUAAACCCCCAAAUAUGCGAAAAUAUGUCUAAUGACACUGAUUCAAGUAUAAGUCCCUGCCAGUCUGCCACAAAGUCAGAUUGUGACGACUGCGAUACGUUCGUUUACCCCUCCCUCCAACUAGGAUGUGUAGGAAUAACCCAGGAUGAAAACCUGACAAAAACCUUACUCAAACUUCUACCUGAAAAUACGCAAACUUAUUUUACAUCGGGCUACUUUAACAUAACAAACGAAUACAGUAAGUUAAUCUUGGAAAAUAAAAGUCAAUUUGAUGUUCUCGUCGCGUCACCAGAUGCCAACGGAUUUCUUGGCUCCGCUGGUUUUUCCGGAAAUAUCCCAUCUGUGUACGUGCAGUUAACCAAAAACUUUUUUAACCAAGUUGCAGAAACAAAUCGGAACGAUAUUAAAAUAUGGGAGUACAUGAGGCCGAAGUGGACCUACCAUUCUAAAGGGCUGUGGUUUUAUGACAAAGGUUCUGAACUACCUUGUCUAACUAUGCUUGGCUCGUCUAAUUACGGCUCUAGAUCAGUGCAAAGGGACUUGGAAGCACAAAUCACCCUUGUAACAACUAAUACUGGCUUAAUGAAGCAACUUCACCAAGAAAGAGUCAAUUUAUUUCAACAUGCCAAACCUGUUACUCAAUCGACAUUUACAAAACCGAAAUACGUCGUUAAAAGAUGGGUGUCGUUCGCUACUGCUAUUCUAAGGCACUACUUUUAGCACAAACUUAGUUAAAUUGUUACACCAGCAGUUAAAAUUACAUCACUGUUCAAAAUGUUUUGUUAGUUUUAAUUAAUAAACCGCUAUCCCCUAUGGACCAUAAUAUAGGUUUUGUUUCAAGGCUUUAGCCAUAAUGUUAUACUUUACAG